CGCGGAGGCAGGAGGCAGAGAGCGCGGAGCCGGCACCCGGGAGCACGCGCGGUGCGCCUUCGCCUUCUGCCUAUCCUCACUGGCUCCUUCGACCACUUCCAAGCCCAGCUAAGACUCAGUUUCACCACCUUCCGCCCCCUUCACGAGAGGGGAGAUUUAAAAUUCCUCUUUAGGUGCUCGUGAUGUUUCUUCGGGUUCGUUCAGUUUCCGGAAAAGAAUGGUAACAUGAACAGCAGAGAGUGAGAGCGUCACCGGAGGAAGGGGAAGAGAUUGAUGGGCAGGGCGCUCACUUGGCGAAGGAUCACAUUCCGAGAACUGCGCGAGGAGGGAACGUCGCGGCGCCUCAAUUUCUGGCUGGACUGUACAGACAUCUGUAGCGUCCUUUCCACCAGGUUCCCAGGUGGAGGAGCCGCAGGCUGCAGAGAAGUGUUUAGACAGCGCGUGAGGAUCCAGGAGUUGGUGGACCUCUGUCCAAAGAGGAGUUCAGCCCUGGAUCCUGUGUUCCUGGAUCCCUGUGGAGCCUGCAGGCACGUUGGCUCCAGAGGGAGUUUGGACUUGAGUUCAGAUGGCCAACUCCCUCUGAAUCCUGCAGAUUGGUGCUGAGCACGCAACAAAAGUUUUUAGCUUCUCCUCAAUUUCUGGUGCUUCCCAGGGCAGAGAAAAGGACUUUGGCAUUAAACACAAGAAGCAGUCAGGGGAACAUCUCCUUUAACUUUUCUUCUCUGUUAUCAUUUGCAAUGAAGAGGAAACAGAAGAGAUUUCUGCAGAUGACUUUGUUGUUCACGGUGGCUUUAAUUUUCCUGCCCAAUAUUGGUCUCUGGUCUCUGUACAAGGAUAAGCAUCUGGUGAAAUCUACAGAGCCCGGGGAGCAGCAGACAUUUCCACUGGGCCUAGGAGAUGGGCAAUUCUAUACAUGGACAAAUGGUUUGAGAAGAAAGGACUGGCAUGACUAUGAAAUCAUUCAGAAAGAGGCUUUGCGUUCAGGGAAGGGUGAACAUGGGAAACCAUACCCCCUCACUGAAGAGGACCAUGAUGACUCAGCUUACAGGGAGAAUGGAUUUAAUAUUUUCGUUAGCAACAAUAUUGCUCUAGAAAGGUCCCUGCCAGAUAUUCGCCAUGCUAAUUGUAAACACAAGAUGUACCUGGAAAGACUGCCAAACACCAGCAUCAUUAUCCCAUUUCAUAAUGAAGGUUGGACUUCACUCCUGAGGACCAUACACAGUAUAAUUAAUCGAACUCCAGAGAGUCUGAUAGCAGAAAUCAUUCUAGUAGAUGACUUCAGUGAUAGAGGCAACAUGGUAAACACUGGUUCAAAUCCAGAUGAUGAACCAGAUACAGGAUAUAAAUCAAGCCCCAAACGAGAGAUCUUUGCCAAGAAGUCCACAUAA